UAAUGGCUCCUGGUGGGAACCAGAGCAGUGGUGUGACAGAGUUCAUUCUGGCAGGUGUCCCAAAUCUCAACAGCACAAAAGAAUUGUUUUCUGUCUUCCUUCUUGUCUACCUUCUGACUCUAACAGGCAAUGUGUUGAUUGUUGGGGUAGUAGGAGCUGAUGCUCGCCUGCAGACUCCCAUGUACUUCUUUCUGGGUAACCUGUCCUGCCUAGAGAUCCUGCUUACUUCAGUCAUCAUUCCCAAGAUGCUGAGCAAUUUUCUCUCAAGGCAACACACCAUUUCCUUUGCUGCAUGUAUUACCCAAUUCUAUUUCUACUUCUUUCUUGGGGCCUCUGAGUUCUUGCUGCUGGCCGUCAUGUCUGUGGAUCGCUACCUGGCUAUCUGUCACCCUCUGCACUACCCCUUGCUCAUGAAUGGUACUGUGUGCUUUCGGGUGGCCUUGGCCUGCUGGAUGGGGGGCCUCCUUCCUGUACUUGGCCCCACAGUUGCUGUGGCCUUGCUUCCUUUCUGUGAACAAGAUGCUGUGGUGCAGCACUUCUUCUGUGACAGUGGGCCACUGCUCCGCUUGGCAUGCACCAAUACCAAGAAGCUAGAAGAAACAGAUUUUGUCCUGGCCUCUCUCGUUAUUGUAUCCUCACUGAUGAUUACUGCUGUGUCUUAUGGCCACAUAGUCCUGGCUGUUCUGUGCAUCCCCUCUGCUUCAGGCCGUCAGAAGGCCUUCUCUACCUGUACUUCCCACUUGAUGGUGGUGACCCUUUUCUAUGGAAGUGCCAUUUUUCUCUAUGUGCGGCCAUCACAGAGUGGUUCUGUGGAUGCUAAUUGGGCAGUGACAUUGGUAACAACAUUUGUGACACCACUGCUGAAUCCAUUCAUCUAUGCCUUGCGCAAUGAGCGAGUCAAGGAAGCUUUGAAGGAUAUGUUUGGAAAGGUGGUAGCAGGCUUUUGGGAGGAUCUUUUACUUGCUAAGAGUUUCAACAAAAAAAAAUAAUGAAGUAAAAAUGAAGGGAUAUAAUAACUAGUCUUAAAUCCAAGUCUUCUCUAUUGUCAUUCUUUCCUAUUAUCAUCAUGAAUAUCACUAAAUGACUGAGUUCUGAGACUAUUAUGUAACUUCAGAGUCAUCAAGUCUAUCUUUUUUUCAGAAAAAAAGUUCCUUGAUUUUAUCUCACACAUAAACCCAUAUUAUUAUUGAUAUAUCACAAUCAAAUCAUUGUUACAUCAUAAGACCCUCCAAUCUGUGAGAUGCUGGAACUCAAAGCUGGGCAAUCUGUUUCAAAAGCUUAAUCU